AUGGCAGGAGUGAACAGGGACCGUAUGGGAAAGAAAGAUGACAAUGGGCUUGGCUCAGCUAUCGACUUUGUGCUCUCUAAUGCGAAGCUGGUGCUGGGAGUCGGGGGAGCAGCCAUGCUCGGGAUCGCCACACUGGCGGUCAAAAGAAUGUACGAUCGAGCACUCAGUGCCCCAUCCAGUCCCACUAAAGCCAACCCGUCGGGACGAAGAAGCUGGGAGGAGCCGAGCUGGCUGGGGUCAUCACCACGGACACUGAACUGCGACAUGAAGCAGAACAUCAGCCGCUCUCUACAGACGCUCCCCACCUCCUCCAGCUCCUUCAAGCCAGAUUCUUUACAUUGUCUUAUGGGCCGUGGUGGUGGCCGUCCUGGUAAGGCUGAACUCCAAAUGGCACGGAUGCGCCUCUCACUGCAGGAACACCUCUGGGCCUUCUUUCAAGAGCGAGUGGCGAUCCCUUCUGAAGAGCAGACCGUCGCUCGCCGUGCUGCGUUGGAUAUCUGUGCAGAGCUCAGAGUCUUUCUGCAUGCUAAACUGCCUGAUAUGCCCCUACGAGAAAUGUACCUGAGCGGAAGUCUAUAUGAUGACCUUCAGGUGGUGACUGCUGACCACGCCCACCUAAUGGUACCCAUGAUCCUUGAGAAAAAUCUCUGGUCAUCUAUUCCUGGUGAGGACACCAUCAUGAACCUUCCUGGUUUCUGGCUGGUUCGUCGGGAAAACCUUGAGUACUUCCCGCGUGGAAGCAGCUACUGGGACCGUUGCAUGAUGGGUGGCUACCUUUCCCCAAAGAGCAUCCUAGAAGUUUUCGAGAAGCUUGUCGCCAGCUCCAUCAACUGGCCUGCCAUCGGUAGUGUUUUAGAUUACAUCAUCCGACCCGUGGUCCCGUCGGAAACGCUUACGCUAGAAGUGCAGUACGAAACGGACCGUAGGCUUUAUGUGGAUUUCCUCCCAUUACUUGUUAUGGAGGAUGGCGUCUCGCUGAUCGCCAAACCGCAUCGAUUGGCCGCCGAACGGCACGAGAACCUGUGGCGUCAGAGUUUUCGUGUGGCGGAAACGGCGAAGUUACGUGCUUUCGACCAGGAAGACGCUGGAUGCCGUGGCACGUGUCUUAAAGUCAUUAAAGCUGUGUGUAAACUGAAUCCAGCGCUGGGACAACUAAGCGCAAGCCAGCUCACUAAUGCAAUCCUUCUCCUGAGCGAACAGGAGGGGGAUUGGACUCAGGAAGCGCUCACCAAUCGUUUCAUGCAGCUGCUCCGUGCACUAGUGGGACACCUAGAGGCUGGGAGGUUACCCUGCAUCUUCAAUCUCAAAGUCAAUCUAUUCUGUGAGCUAACACCACAGGAAAUUGAUGAACUGGGAUACACACUCUACUGUGCAUUAUCUGACCCAGAGAGCCUUUUGAGAACUGUUUAGAAAACUGGCAUGCACAUAUGAAAGAAUUGAGUUGAUGCACAAACCAAAAUAAUGGCAAUGUUUUCAUACGUGUCUUGUUCUGAGUAGAUGAGCAACCUCAAUUGUUUUUUACACAUUAAUAUUUUUGUCAGUCAUAACAUAAGUUAUUUUCAGGUUCUACAACUUCAUCUGUUGGUCAUUUUUUUAUGUGGCCCAUCUUGCAUCAUUUCAGUGUUUUUGUCUUCUAAGUAUCAUGUGAAGUAAGUAUCAUCACAGUGAAGUAUCAUGACCAUUAUAUAUUUAUCUAGUAAAGAAUCACAUUCUAACUUCAGUGAUAUUAUAUUAUAAAUUCAAGCACCGUCAUCUCUUAUGUGUAUCUGUUAUUACCCAAAAUGCGAUGAGUUUCUGAUGGUAAUUUGACAUGUUAUAUUUGUUCUGUGAAAUUCAUGAUUUUAUGUUUCCCAGUUAUUUGUUACGUGGAACAUUGUUCAGUAUUUUCUUCAAUUUUGUUCUUGGAGUCAUCAAAAUAUUUUCCUUUAGAGAAACUGAGCGUUGUUUUAUAGUAAUCAGAUGGCAGGGUCUCUAAAUUAUCUUUAAGUUACAUUUCCUGUGAGUUUUAAAAAAAAACUUGUAACUCUGACACUGAAGGCCUGAUUGUAUAAUUUAAUUAUUUUUAGUAAACAAAACUUUCUGAAAUAUUAAAUUAUUGGAAGGCAAGUCAAAUUAAAACACCUCUAAAAUAACUAGAGGAUUUCUGUCCAGUAUUCAAUAUCGAUUGCAAAGUGAUGAUAAAGUUUAAGAAAAAGAUCAUGUUUAUUUGAUCAUGUUUCUCCCCUGUAUUUCCAUCUUUCUCAUCACUUUGGGAUGUUAAAAUAUGCAAAUGAUCUAUUUUACCUAAUUGCUUAUUUUCAGAUAUGUUGUCUAAAUAGGUUCUCCUGUAAAAGUUACACAGAAAUGUUGAAUGAUAUGAUGUUAUUUAAAUGGUCAACACGGGUUAUUACCACAGAUGAAGAUGGAGACCUGAAUUAAUGAUCAAAACAAAGAGCAGAAGUGAUAUUU